CGCGGCUACGUCGACGCGACGGGCAUGACACGCUGAGCUAUGUAAGCGGUAGUCCGUCAUGGAUAGUCGCUCGGGCAGCAUAAAGGACCCAAUCUAUUACCCGGAUAGCGCGGAUAACGCGCCGGGGGUGGCUGCUGCGCUUGCGACGGGCUCCGGUGAGGCCGACAAGAGCCAACGUAGCUCGCUCGACAGCCAGCGAGAGGUCAGCCUGGAGGAUGGCAACGCGCUCAAAGUGCCCCGUAAAUUCAUCACCAAUUGGAGGCAGGCGUGCGACCGGACGCGCGACCGCACCAAGGAUCUUCUCAAGAGAUGGAGAACGACCGCGAGCAACGUCGAGGAACUCCGCGGUCCACCGUCUGUCGCUGUGCCGGAACUGGAGCAGCCUAGCUGGAGUGUGCAUGUCUGGACUACCUGGGUGAGCCGCUAUCCGAGCGACGACAGUUUGUGCGCUAUUAAUGAGUUCAGUAAAAGCGAUGGCUCGCAGGUCUUAGCUCCCAUACAGCGCGAUAAGUUCUCACAUUUUUUCACGUACCUCUUGGACCACGACAAAGACGGUUACGUCGACAGGAAGGACUUCGCGAUACUCUCGGAGCGUUUGAGAAGAUUUGCCGAUUGGUCGUGGAACGGUCCGGAGUACUUGAGAUUGUUGGAGAUCGAAAGUGGAUUUGCCGGAUUAAUCCUGCAGGACAAAAAGAUGCCUGCGGAGUCAGACAGAAAGAUCGAUCUCGACGACUGGUUGUCCUGGUGGGCGCAGACCGUCGCACCGCCAGACGGCGCCAGUUACAACGACAUGCCGUUCUGGAUCAAAGUUAUGCCGCGGGUGUUCUUCCUCGCGAUAAACAGCUCCGGAAGCGGUAUGAUCAGCAAAAAGGAACUCUCGGCCUUCUACAAUUCCGUGGUUGGCUUGGACAUCGACAGGAUAAACAAGUGCCUGGAUAUCGCAUAUGACUCUAUGACUUCGAAUGGAGAUCAUCCUCUCGGCUGGGUACAGUAUCAGUUAGUGUUCGCUAACUUCUUGUUUGGUCGCGGUCCCUUCGGUCCCGGGGAACACUUCCUGGGCAUGACUGACUCCUGCAUGAUCCGAGGUAACACCAUACCGUUUCCCAUCGAUUACUCCGCAAUGAAUACACCACGGGACAAGUUGGAGGUCUACAGUCCUCAUUGCAAGAGCAACAGGCGAAGUGUCGUAGUCUAACGGUAAACGUUUCGUCGCGAGAGUUCCUUCAGAUUAGUAACGUGCACAAUCAUUCCCCGAGUGCCUGAUUCUGUGUGCCGUACACGUAUGCCGUAUUUGAUAGAUUCCUUUUGCUCGAUUGACCGCACUUCGAGACCCACUUCGAGAACGGUCUCGAGAAGAGACACGAAGAGAUUUACAACGUCCACCUUGCACGAUCAUUUGCAAAGUCGACGUCGCGAUAUUCAGACAUAAUUAAUGGUGUGUCGCACCAAUAUUACAUCACACUGCCAGUUACUUUGUGGGAACAGCACUCCUCAGACAUAUCGAAAAGUCACGUAUACUUAUUUCAAAGUAUAAAAAUCGUAGAGACUCAAUGACACGAGGGCCUACUUAUUUCUACCAGAAAGUCCACGGCACAAAGCGUUUGUCGGAACGCUCGUCGAACCGCGCGGAUGUAGACGCGGCACUAGGUCGCUCGAUGGAAAGGACGAAUACUAUUUCGCAACAUUGUGUACUUACAAAAUUUAUUUCAAGCGCUUGACACUUAGUAUGCUCCUCACGCGGCCGGGUUACCGGUGCGUGAUUUUACGUGAGACGUGAUUUCGAUUUCUUCUUCUUUUGCAUAAUAUAUGAAAAAUACCGAUUCCGAGCGCGCGUACGAAGCGAUUACUGUUGCCUACGAGUAAUGCAGCCGACGAAAUAACGAUGACGCUCCUUCGAUUAUGUGCGUGUAUAUUACUUACAUUAAAUAUCUAUGAACAACCUCCCCACCCUCCCGAUCUUACUUGUGUAAUAAGGCGUAUACGGAGGCACAUGGAUCACAUACUUUCCAACAUCGGCAUAUCGUUCCUCGUCCACGGCGCAACUGCAUCGUUGCGCACGAUCGACCGACCGACCGACCGACCGACCGAGAGAUUCAAUAAAUGCACCAACAGUGAUUAUACGACAAUCG